UCUCUCUCUCUCUCUCUCUCUCACUAUGUGUCUGUAGUGACUCUGCUGCUAUAUUUAACCUGCAGGCCGACUCUCUCUCUCUCUAUCUCUCUCUCUGCUUCACACAUAGUCGACAUAAAGGAGGCAGCUGAGAGACGACGAGCAGGAUGGAGGAGGAGGCUCCAUCCCGGCGCUCUGUGGCUGAACUUGCAGGAAGAUUCAAAGACUCGGCUCGUCCACACGACGCUGCUGGGAAUGAAGCGCAGGAGAAGCCGGUCAGACGACGACCUCCUCGCUCUUUACAGCUCACUAAAACCCACGGAGACGACCAGGAGCAGCCUACAGAUGUGACCUCACCUUCCAAAGUCAAGAGGAACUCUGCUCUGAUCGAGAAGCUCCAGGCCAACCUGGCUCUCUCUCCCACGGCCAUGCUGCCGUCUCCAAAGAGCCCCGGCUUCAGGCUGCUGCCUCUGGCCUUCACGCCGCCCUCCCCGGGCUCCGCCCCGGCUUCCACGAUAGCCACCUCGUCCACGGCGUUGCCCGCCAGCCCCACCACCACCACCGCCACCACCGCCACCUCUCCGUUGACUGAGGAGGAGGGCCCCACCUCCUUCGAAGCCCCUCCCACCGUGGAGGAGGGAUCCAUCCUGUCGAAUGACAACAUCAAGGGCAGAGCUCGCCACUCCAUCCGGCGACGCCCUCCGUCCCGCCGCCACAGGAACUCCAGCUGUGGAGACGAGGUCGGCGUCGCCGUCGAGGGGGAGGAUACGUCUCCGAGCUCCCCGACUGAACCAGAAGACAAAACAACAACAACAGGAGGAGCAGGAGGAGGAGGAGGAGGAGGAGGAGGAGGAGGAGGAGAGGUUUUCAUGGAGGAAGGUCAAACAGACGAGGUGAAGGAGGACAAACCUUCAACGUGUCCUGAGAAAAACGAAUCCCACGAGGAAGAUAAGUCAAAGAUCAGCGUCGAGCCCAGAGGUGAAGACGAGGAGAAGAAGGAGGGAUCCACGGGAGGAGAGGAGGGAGACGGAUCUUCAUCAGGAAGAAAGGAGGAAGAGGAGGAGGAGAAAAACUCUGGAGAACAACAGAAAGAAGAUUCGACUGAAAGAGCAACAAACACAGAGAGCAAAGAAGAAGAAAUGAGCGAGGAGACGACCAAUCAGAGUUCAGCCCGAUGAGCAACCGGACAUCCGGCUGAGUCGGAGCACUGCAGCCAUGAUGAGCCCCUGGGGGGCUGCGAGGGAGACCCUGCAGCAGCGAGGCCUGAAGGAUAAAGGCCCGUCUGAGAGUCUGUCACCGUGCAGACGAAUACUUAUGAAACUCUGUCACCGCGGUUCCUCUUUAUCUCUGGUGUGGUGAAGACGAAGCGAGGAAACCGACGAGUUUGUCUUGUAAAGAAUUUCCCUGAAGGUCCAGCUUUAAUUCAGUAUGAAGUGCAGCUUGACUGAAUUUGUUUUUACUAAUCCUCGACUCAAAGCCUUCCUACACUGCAACGCUCCUUUUUAUAUAAUGUGAUUUUGAUUGUUUUCAUUAUUGUGUUUUCUUGAUGCUCGGUGCCUCCGGAGCUGUGACUGAUACUGAUGAUGAUGAUGAUGUGAUUUAGUUGUUUGUACGUGUAUUUUGAGUUGUGCAACAAACUGUAAAGAGUCUAAAUAACAUAGACGCUUGUCUUGAGAUAAUUCUGUCACAGCUGGAAAACCUGAAGCCUUAUUCCAAACAUUCAUAAAAUACUACUUUUUAACAACCAACCAUUGUUUUUAUAACCAAACAAAGACUCAGCAUGUACAGAAACUCUCAGUUCUGUAGUAAAGUUUAAAAACUGGAGACGUCACAUUGUGCCUUUAUGUUUGACAAUGAAAUUAAAAGACAUAUUUUCGCUA